AUGAAUUCGGCCGAGCAGACAGUAACGUGGCUCAUCACGCUGGGAGUCCUGGAGUCUCCCAAGAAGAGCAUCUCUGAUCCGGAGGCUUUCCUCCAGACCUCCCUGCAGGAUGGAGUGGUACUCUGCAGGCUGCUGGAGAGACUCAAGCCUGGGACGGUGGACAAAUUCUUCCAGGAACCGAGGGGAGAGAGCGAGAGUCAGAGGAACAUUAGUGAGUUUAUCACCGGCUGCGGGUCUUUCGGUGUGGAGCCUUUUGAGGUCAAUGACCUCCUGCAGGGUCUGAACUUCACCAAGGUCCUAAACUCCUUGGUUGCCCUCAACAAAGCUACUGAAGAUUUAAGCGUUUCUGAGGACAGUGUGUGUGCGCCGCACUCGUCACACCUGAGGAUCAAGUCAUUUGACUCCCUGAACACUCAGAGUCGCUCCUCUAAAGUGCUGCAGCCUCAGUACCGCAGCCUGGACAUGUCAGAGGGCAGCGGGUGUGGCCACGCGCUGUUCAAGGCGCGCUAUGCUUUCCAGCAGACCAAUGAAGACGAGCUCUCUUUCUCCAAGGGCGACAUCAUCAGCGUGAGCCGGCAGGAGGAGGGGGGAUGGUGGGAAGGCUCGGUCAGCGGCAACUCUGGCUGGUUCCCCAGUAACUACGUACGGGAGCUGAAAGGAAGCGACAAGACAUUAGACAAGCCAAAGUCUGGGACACUGAAAAGCCCCCCCAAAGGUUUCGACACCACCAUCAUCAGUAAGACCUACUACAACGUGGUCCUGCAGAACAUCCUGGAAGCAGAGAGUGAAUAUUCGAGGGAGCUUCAGAGUCUCCUGGGCUCAUACCUGCGCUCACUUCACCCCACAGACAGACUCAGCAGUAUUGACAUUAGUCACAUUCAGGGGAAUCUGGAGGAGAUCUCGACCUUCCAGCAGAUGUUGGUUCAGUCCUUGGAGGAGCACACAAAACUCCCAGAGAACCAGCAGAGGAUCGGGGGGUUCUUCCUGAAUCUGAUGCCCCAGAUUAAGAUCCUCUAUGUGGCCUACUGCUCCAACCACCCGUCUGCUGUCAAUGUACUCACACAGCACAGUGAGGAACUGGCGGAGUUCAUGGAGUCAAAGGGGGCGUCCAGUCCUGGGAUCCUGACUCUGACCACUAGCCUGAGUAAACCCUUCACCAGGCUGGAGAGAUACCCAACGCUGCUGAAAGAACUGGACCGACACAUGGAGGACCAACACCCCGACAGAGCUGAUCUCAUUACUGCCAUGAUGGACUUUAAAAGCUUUGCAGCUCAGUGCCAGGAGGUGAGGAAGAGGAAGGACCUGGAGUUGCAGAUCUUAACAGAGCCAAUCAGAAACUGGGAGGGGGAUGACAUCAGGACCCUCGGCCCGGUUCUCCACAUGUCCCAGGCCACGGUCCACACACAGAACUGUCAGGAGUCAAAUGAACGCUACCUCGUCCUCUUCCCUCACACUCUGCUCGUGCUCUCUGCCAGCCUAAGGAUGAGCGGAUUCAUCUAUCAGGGAAGGAUGCCGCUGACAGGAAUGCUCAUCUCCAGAAUAGAAGACGGAGAAAACCUGAGGAACGCUUUUGAAAUAUCUGGUGGCCAGUGUGAUCGGCUGCAGGUGGCAUGUAACAGUCAACACGAUCUACAGGACUGGCUCGACCUUCUCACCAAGCACACGCACACUUCGGCCGCACACACACGCUCUCAGAAGACUCAAUCCAUCUGUCACACAUUGCCCUCUCAGCCCGCCACUCCCUCCAGACACUCGGAGUCCCGUGGAGGGAGCACCGGACACACCUACCACACCCUCCCCCAUCCCUCUUCAUUUGGGACGGGCCUCAACAACAGCCCAAUGUGGGGGCCCCUGGAGCCGCCGAGCACCCCUAAACCCUGGAGCCUGAGCUGCCUUCGCCCUGCGCCUCCACUCCGGCCCUCGGCUGCUCUCUGCGUAAAGGAGGAUAUGAGUAAGAGUCCCAAGAACAUGAAGAAGCUGCUCCCUAAGAGGAAGCCAGAGAGAAAACCUUCAGAGGAGGACUUCACUGUCAGAAAAAGUACAGCAGCUCUAGAGGAGGACGCUCAGAUACUGAAAGUGAUCGAGGCCUACUGUACCAGCGCCAAGACGCGACAGACGCUCAACUCCACCUGGCAAGGGACUGACCUCAUGCACAACCACGUGCUCGCUGACACCAGCCUCACCGUCGCUGGUCUCCCCGGCAACCUGCCUUGUUCUGACCAGUCAGAGGACUCGGAUUAUGACAGUCUCUGGACCGCCCAUAGUUACAGGACUGCCUCGUUUUCUCGCUCCAGCAGGAAGGAUGUUCACAUGUUGUUCCCAGAGGAGGAGAAGAUUAUAGUGGAGGAGACCAGGAGCAACGGACAAACUGUAGUGGAGGAGAGGAGUCUGGUGGACACUGUGUACAGCCUGAAAGACGAGGUCCAGGGACUCAAACAGGACAACAAGAGGAUGAAGAGGACGCUGGAGGAGGAGCAGCGAGCGAGGAAAGAGCUAGAGAGGAUUGUCCGGAGAGUUCUGAAGAACAUGAACGACCCAACCUGGGAUGAGACGAACCUCUGAGAUGUGUUUGAUCAUCAUGGACGAGACUAAUGUCUGACUUUUAAAUGACCAAAAUGACCUGUUGUUCAACCUGUGUGGACAGAAGCUGCCAAUACGUCUCCAUUCAACAUGUCUUUGACCUUCACAGUGACCUGUGGACCCAACUGUGGACCAAGAGAAAAUGCCUGCCAGCCCUCAGCGAAGCCAUCCCAACUGACCAUAAAGCUGUGAUGCCAAAUUAGCUGGUAGGCAUGAUGACAUCACUUCCUGUCACCCUCCUUUACUUUUUCAAACAGCCUUGUUUGGAGCAUCAUCUACUUGUGUAUUUAUCUUUUAUUCCUCCUUAGUAUGAAAUUGCACCACUGCCAGUAUUUUAUUGACUGGCCUCGUGCAUGAAUAACAACGCUACGUUGGUUUAUACAUUUCAGAGAGACGGAAACUUGAAAUAGAUGUUUUUUUUCCACACUCCUCAUUUCAUUGGCAGCAAUUUUUAUUCUAUUUUAUGAUAUAUUUUUCUUGAUUCUAACAAACUAUGAAGUUGGUUUAUUUAUUAUAUCAAAUACAAAGUGUAGUUGGGCACUCAUUUCAAAGUAAAGCUAAAUUUAACAGCACUUAUAAGUGACGGGAGGAGAUUUAAAUUCUCUGUGUGGUGUAAAGAUUAUUGCAGCUAUGAUGAAAACAUCCAGCUUAACAUUUCAUUGCAUUGCUUCAUGGGAUAUGCAAAUUCCUGGUGUGAUUAUUUUAAUUAUAUUUAAGAAUAGAAUAUUUUUUUGUAGUUUUUAAACCCAGAUGGAUAAACUACAAGUGAGUAGAGCUGCAAAGAUGAACUGAUUAAUUGAUUAACUAUUUUGACAAUCGAUUAAUCAAUUUGAGUUAUUUUUUUAAGAAAAAAUAUUCUCUGAUUCCAGCUUCUUAAAUGUGAAUAU